AUGGUUUUAAGCGCGGUUAGAGUAUCAUCAAGAACAAAAGUUCCAACAGCUUCAGUAAUUAUCGUUCACGGUUUAGGUGAUUCAGGUGAUGGUUGGAAAUUCUUAGCUGAUUUAGCUAGAGGUUCCAAUGAAUUCGAUCACAUCAAUUUUGUUUUUCCAAAUGCACCAACUAUUCCAAUCACAGCCAAUCAAGGUUAUGAAAUGCCAGGUUGGUUUGAUCUUUACCAAUUUGGUACUUCUGGUGGUAGAAAAGAUGUUGAUGGUUACCUCAAAUCAUUAAAAGUCUUAAAUAGUUAUGUUAAAGAACAAAUUGAUCUAGGAGUUAAACCUGAAAGAAUAAUCAUUGGUGGGUUUAGUCAAGGUGCUGCUCUUGCAUUAGGUGCUUUGGCUACGUUUGAUUUCAAAGUUGCAGGUUUCCUAAUCUUUUCAGGUUUCAUGCCAGUUGGUGAUAAAGUUAAAGAAUUAUUCAACCCAGCAAAUAUAGAGACACCAGUUUUCCAAGGACAUGGUGAUAUUGAUCCAAUCAUUAACAAGAGUUAUGCUGAUGAAACACAUCAAUUUUUCAAAGAUCUUGGGUACAAGAACUACAAUUACAAUAUUUAUCCAAAUUUACCACACUCUGUUGCCAACGAAGAACUAUCACACGCAUUCGACUUCCUCAAAAAGACCAUCCCAAGAGAAUGA